GGGGGCAAAGAUGGUGAAAGUCGGAGUCAAUGGAUUUGGCCGCAUCGGCCGCCUGGUCACCCGGGCUGCUGUCCUUUCUGGCAAAGUCCAAGUGGUGGCCAUCAACGAUCCCUUCAUUGAUCUGAACUACAUGGUUUACAUGUUCAAAUAUGACUCUACUCAUGGCCACUUCCGGGGCACUGUCAAGGCUGAGAAUGGGAAACUUGUGAUUAAUGGGAAUGCUAUCACCAUCUUCCAGGAGCGUGACCCCAGCAACAUCAAGUGGGCAGAUGCUGGUGCUGAAUAUGUUGUGGAGUCCACUGGUGUCUUCACCACCAUGGAGAAGGCCGGGGCUCACCUGAAGGGUGGUGCCAAGCGUGUGAUCAUCUCUGCCCCCUCUGCUGAUGCUCCCAUGUUCGUGAUGGGCGUCAACCAUGAGAAGUAUGACAAGUCUCUGAAAAUUGUCAGCAAUGCUUCCUGCACUACUAACUGCCUGGCACCCUUGGCCAAGGUCAUCCAUGACAACUUUGGCAUCGUGGAGGGUCUCAUGACCACUGUCCAUGCCAUCACAGCCACACAGAAGACAGUGGAUGGGCCCUCUGGGAAGCUCUGGAGGGACGGCAGAGGUGCUGCUCAGAACAUUAUCCCAGCGUCUACUGGAGCUGCUAAGGCUGUGGGAAAAGUCAUUCCUGAGCUCAAUGGGAAACUUACUGGAAUGGCUUUCCGUGUGCCAACCCCUAAUGUCUCUGUUGUGGACCUGACCUGCCGUCUGGAAAAACCAGCCAAGUACGAUGACAUCAAGAGGGUAGUGAAGGCUGCUGCUGAUGGGCCCCUGAAGGGCAUCCUGGCAUACACAGAGGACCAGGUUGUGUCCUGUGACUUCAAUGGUGACAGCCAUUCCUCCACCUUUGAUGCGGGUGCUGGCAUUGCACUGAACGACCAUUUUGUCAAGCUGGUUUCCUGGUAUGAUAAUGAAUAUGGAUACAGCAACCGUGUUGUGGACUUGAUGGUCCACAUGGCAUCCAAGGAGUAAGCUGAGCACACAGUCCCCCCUGCUGCCUAGGAAAGCAGGACUCUCCUUUGUUGGAGCCCCUGCCCUUGUUCACCACCGCUUAGCUCUGCAUCCUGCAGUGAGAGGCCAGUUCUGUUCCCUUGUCUCCCCCACUCCUCCAACUUCUCCCCGAACCUGGGGGAGGUGGAGAGGCUGAUAGAAACUGAUCUGUUUGUGUACCACCUUACAUCAAUAAAAGUGAUCACCAUCUGAAAA